AUGCACAGUUUGUUAGUUCAGCUUUUAUGUAGUAUUUCUUCUAAAAGUCCUGAUCAAUAUCUUGAGAUGGACGAAAGUGAUUUGGCUCACAAGCUGUACAAACUUUUAAAGAGAAAUAGGUAUCUCAUUUUUUUGGAUGAUGUGUGGGAGAUUAAGGCAUGGAAUUUGGUCAAAAGUUCAUUGCCCGAUGAUGCUAAUGGAAGUAGGAUUCUCUUCACCAACAGAAUUCAAUUGCAAUUCAAUCCUAAUAGCAAGGCUCACAAUCUCCGUCAGCUUACCAACGAAGAGAGUUGGAAAUUGCUGCAGAAAAAGGUAUUUGGCAAAGAAGGUUUUCCUCCGGCACUGGGUAAAGUUGGAUCUCAAAUAGCAAAAUUAUGUAGGGGUUUACCUCUCACAGUUGUCCUCGUUGCUGGAAUUCUUGCUAAUACUGCAGAAGACUGCUGGGAAGAAGUUGCAGAGAGUCUAACUUCCAGUAUUGUCCUUGAUGACGAAUACUGCAGGAAGACGCUUGAGCUGAGUUACAGUCAUUUAUCGGAUGAUUUGAAGCCAUGCCUCCUUUACUUUGGUGCAUAUAAAGAAGAUGAAAAUGUUCCUAUCCGAAGGUUGUUAUGGCUCUGGAUCUCUGAAGGCUUCGUGCGAAAGACUGAAGAAAAGAGUUUAGAGGAUGCGGCAAAUGACUAUUUGAAGGAUCUGGUUGAUAGAAGUUUAGUUAUGGUUUCUGAACAAAGAUCUAUGGGUGGUGCCAAAGCCUGCCGAGUUCAUGAUUUGGUACAUGAGUUUUGUGUGAAAAAAGCCAAAGAAGAAAACUUUCUACAUGUUUUGCAUGGUCGGAAUGAUCGUUUUAUUCUUACUGGCCCAAGCAACCCCCUCCGAGUUUGUGAUCAAAAUGGCAGGAAUUUCAUGAUUUGGGAGUUAAUGUUAGAAUUUCCCAAUGUACGCAGUUUGUUAUUGUUUAAAGAGGAUGAUUUGGGAUUUUGGUUACCUAAACUUCUUAGAGUGUUGGAUUUGGGGGAAUUGGAGUUUGGUGCAUAUUUUCCUAUGGAAGUAUUUUUGCUUGCUCACUUGAGAUACUUGGCUCUUCGUCUUAACUUAAUAGAUUCUAUCCCAACUGCAAUUGCUAACCUCUCGAGGUUACAAACUUUUCUGCUACGAGGAAACAACGCUGAUUGUUUGUUACCCAAGACUAUCUGGAACAUUAAGACAUUGAGGCAUCUGUGGACUACAGAUUCCUCUGUUGGUUUUAUUUUUCCUGUUGAAAAUCUUGAAGUAUCCCCAGGCUUACUUCAUUUAGACGCUUUAAGCCUUGCCAUUGAUCCCUCCUCUCAAAGCUUACAAAAGAUACUGACAAAGUUACCAAACAUCCGCAGGCUAAGAUGUAAGAUGACGGAAUCAAGCGAAGAACCUACUAGAAUUGGCGACGGGAUUCUCGUGUUUGACUGUUUGAGUCAACUAGAAUCACUUACUCUGCGUUACUUUGGCAGAUAUGGAUUUAAAUUCCCUUUGAAUUUGAAGAAGUUGACUCUCUCUCACAAUGAGCAGCCAUGGAGUGAAAUCUCAACAAUUGGAAUGUUGCCCAAACUUGAAGUGCUUAAAUUACUCGAUGACUCUGUCGUUGGGGAAGAAUGGGAAAUGAAAGAAGGGGAGUUCCCUAGCCUCCGAAUCCUGAAAUUGAGAGGCUUGUGGGACUUUCGCAGCUGGACUGCAUCUUCUGAUAAUUUUCCCCGUCUUGAGAAAUUGGUUGUGCGCGAUUGUGAGCAUUUGGAAGAGGUGCCUUCUUGUUUAGGGGAAUGUCCGACUCUUGAAAUGAUUGAGGUGAGAGAGUGUCGUGAGUCUGUUGCAAGUUCAGUGAAGCAAAUUCAACAAGAACAGAUAGAUAUGGGAAAUGAGGUUCUAGAGAUCUUAAUUGAAGAUUGUGUUGAUCCAUGUAGUCCCAGCGAAGAAGAAGAAGAAGAAGAGUCAAGUCCCUCAGAAACAGAGUCAAUCUCCUCACAAGGAGUCUAG